GUGGAACUGAAUCAUGCUGGACUGCCUUUCAACUAGGGUUGAACCGCUUUGGGUUCUUUCCCUUCAGGAUCAGUAAAAGGAACCCAGAUACAAUAUGCAGCCCGUCCCCGCAGAUUAUCCCAUAGAAAGGCUGUCGGGACCUUUGAUCGUUGCCUAUCUCUUGCAUUGGGGACUCUUCGGGACUCUUUCUGUGCAGCUAUAUUUGUAUUAUCUGGCAUUUCCGAAAGACAGAAAAUUUACAAAAUAUCUCGUCUAUGGCAUCUACAUUGCCGAGUUCGUUCAGACGAUGCUCGUCACCCGCGACGCCUUUGCAGAGUUCGGGUACGGCUUCGGUGACAUUAAUACCCUGACUGGAAUAUAUUUUAAUUGGCUAACUGUCCCCAUCAUGAGUGCUGCUGCUGCUGGUGUCGGGCACGUCUUCUAUGCGUACCGAAUUUACAUAUUGUCGAAGUCACGAACUGUCCCCAUAUUCAUCAUCUGUGUGUCCUUGACUAGUUCUGUAGCAGCUAUAGUCACAGGCGUCUACUGUUUCCAAGCAGGCAACAUCACUGAACCCAAUAACCGGAUGAUGUCCAUCGCUGUCGGGAUUUGGUGCGGAGCCUCCGCUCUGUGUGAUAUCGUCAUCGCUAUCUUUAUGACUUACUACCUUAUACGCAGCAGUACUAGUUUUCCCCAGACCCGAAUUCUGAUCACAAAACUAAUUCGUCUCACUAUUGAAACGGGAUCUGUGACGGCUGUUGUUGCUCUGGUCAACCUUAUCCUCUUUUUUGCCUUCCCUCAUCAGGUUUUCUACGCGACACCAGCCCUCAUCAUGCCCAAGCUGUAUGCUAAUACCGUCUAUAUGGUGCUGAAUUCACGAAUCCGAAUUAUGGGUGGACGUGAUACCUAUACUACGUCUUCUACCGAUAUGAGCAUUACGUCAACUAUGAUAGAGGAUAUCACCUCACAUUCAACACAGGGCACACGGAGAACGGACGAGGUGCAAGGACGAGUGUCGUUGGUGGCGAUAUUCAACGAUGGUUGUGAAAUGGGUCAUAUGAAUGACAAACCACAGGACGAAAGAAUGAGCCUUCCUGGCGCGUAACUGUUAGAACCAUCAAUUUGUUCUCUAUCUGUCCCUCGAUUCAUGCUAUGCUACGAUGGAAAUGUGCUCCUCGUCCUUUGGUUUCUUAUG